CCCUUUCACUCGCCAUGGUACACGUUUGCCUCUGUCUUUUUAAAACCCACUGAGAAACUGAGGACACGUGCGUUUCUCGUUUCACGACAUUGUCUUUGACUGCAGGAUUUUGUACAGUAGGCGACACUAAUGAGAGUAUUUGGACCAAAUUUCACAGCUGCUGUGCGGCUGGUAAGGGUUGUGAGAUGCGACAGUAACUGCUGUAGAACCAGUCCAUACUGAUAAGAGUCGUAAACAAGUCCAAAUACAGUGCUGAAAGAAAAGGCUUAGGUCAAAUUUGACCCUGUGCGCUAAUCAACACACCGGUAGUGCUAACGUUAGCUAGCUUGCUGGCUAAUGCUAUGCAGCACAAGUGCCAUAGCCUGACCAAUUGUAAUAAAGGUUAAAACCAUUUUUUUUUGUUAGUUACAUAUUAGCAACGUCCCCCAAAAAGUGUUUGUUUAAAUAGCACCCAUCAGUAUUAGGAAUAACACAUUGCAUUUUUUGAUUCUGGAGUUUCGAAUACUUAUCUCGCGCAUCGGGAGUCUUCGUUGGAUCACGGACAGAAAUCAGCGAGGCAAGUAAAUAAUGUCAUUACUGCCUCGGAUAGUAACGUUACGCCUACUCGGCAGAGAGAGGACUUUACUCCAUGACCAGUUCAAGUGUAUUUCCGCGAAGAUGUCUUCUUCCUCUGGUAAGAGACUUCGGGUGCUGGUGGACAUGGAUGGCGUCAUUGCAGACUUCGAAGGGGGAUUCCUGAAGAAAUACCGGGCCAAGUACCCCAACGAACCGUACAUCGCCCUGGAGGACAGACGAGGAUUCUGGGUGUCGUCUCAGUAUGGGAGCUUGAGGAGUGACCUGUGUGUAAGUAGUUCCGAACUGUGCAUUCUGGCUGUGAAAACAGGAAAAAGCCAUACGAUUAAUUGUAUUCUCAUACAUUCAUUGUCUGUAUAUUGUCUGUGGUUGAAUGAGCGCUUUUCAUGUCGCUCAUUCAUUUGCAUCAGAAGUCCCCAGCAUGUUCAAAAGGUUGCUAGAGCAGCAGCUGUCAGUGCAUUGAAUUGUGUAAAUGCCAGUCACACACAGAUAUUAUUUAUAACAAAGUCCUUGUGUCUAGUUAACCCUACUCUCAUGGUGGCUCGUGACAAAAGCGCUUUCAUUUCUGCUUUAUAACGCAACCCCAGUUUCUCCAGACAGCCCUCUAUUUCCACAGUAAAGCCAUAGCAAGCAUGUACUUGAUAAAGAUGUCUCCCAUAACCCUUUUAUUGUAUAAUGAUGUCAAACAUAAAGGGAGACUGGACAGGCAGAGUAUUAAAGUAUGCCAUGCAUCUUGGUCCUCUGUGUAUGCCAUAAAUUAACACACACACACAAUCUAUAUAAGUCUGUGGAUGAUAAGCAGAGGCUAUAUUGACUGUAGGAGAAGGCCAUCAGCAUUUGGCAGUCAAAGGACUUCUUUAAAGAGCUGGAGCCCCUUCCUGGAGGAGUGCAGGCGGUCAAGGAGAUGGCUAAAAUGGAGAAGUAAGUUUUAACCGUAUAUGGUCAUUCAAACCAUAUCUGAACAAUACCAUAGUUUACGAAAUGUUCAAAAAAUAUUCACAUUCAUUUCAAAGACACUUGCCCGGUGCUGUAUUGAGUCAGCUGUUCAAAGAGAAGGAAUUGCUGUUUGUGUUCCCAAAGUGCUUUACAUUGUUUUGACCCUCACCUAGAGACUAUCUGUCAUUUAGUCAUCACCCAUAGGCUAUAUUCUAUGGGUCAUGUUAAACAAAUAGGGUGGAGAAGGCGGUGCUAGAGUUGCAUAGUAAUCAUCUCAGGAAGGGAAAUGUUAUGUCAUAGUGUGCUCUGCUGUGUUAAAAUGUAAUCAUGCUAAUAGCACAUUAGUAGACACACUUUUCUCCAAAGCGACUUAGUCAGGCAUGCAUGCAUUUUAUGUAUGGGUGAUCCCAGGAAUCGAACCCACUAUCUUGGCGUUGCAAGUGCCAUGCUCUACCAACUGAGCUACAGAGGACCACGCUGUCUUUAUAGAUGGAACCUUUGCUUUAGUGUUUCAUUUUGGCCGACCUUACGUCAACAACCAAAUAGUAGUUAACCUCAAGCAAAUGCCCUCAUCAUGAAACAAUACAUUCACAGUAACUCUGUUCCAAUACUAGCCUAUAUCCUAAUGUUAGAACAUCCCCUUUGCUUACCUUUCAAAAACGGUAUGUUGUAGAAAAUUGACAUUGAAAACAAACUAACCCAGUUGUGUUCUUCUCCGUUUUCCAGCACAGAUGUCUUUGUUUGCACCAGCCCUAUAAAACAUUAUAUACACUGCCCAUAUGAGAAGGUAAGCUCAGAGUCAAGACAGUAAUCCUGUAGGCAGAGUGGUGGUUGUGGUACCUCUUUCUAACAAUAUGUCUGGUCUUUGCGCUCUCUCUGGUGUGUGUUCAGUAUGCCUGGAUAGAGAAGCACCUGGGCUAUGAUUUCUUGGACCAGAUCAUCCUAACCAGAGACAAGACUGUGGUGACUGGGGACAUCCUCAUAGAUGACAAGCCAGACAUUCUCGGUGAGUCAAGUGUUUGUAGCAAAGCUGGAAAACUUGGUGUGUGUAAAUAUAUGUGCAUGUAUUUAUAUGAUGGUGCCAUAUGCAUGCUACUGUCAUACACAUAGGUAUAUUCAGUAGCUAGUAUUUGUCUCUAACUACUGAAUACACCUCUGUUGCAGGUGUAGAGCCUAACCCAACCUGGGAGCACAUCCUAUUCACUGCCUGCCACAACAAGCACAUACUCCCCAGCUCCAACCACCGCCGCCUGCUCUCCUGGGCAGAUGACUGGAGGAGCAUCCUGGAGGGCAAGAGGCUCUGAGCCCCCCUCAUACACACGUCAACUUCCCCUUCUCCACCCUGAUGACCUACACUGUAUUGGGGUUCAAAGGGUGAAUACCUCCACUAAUACACCACAGUCAAUCUCCAACUUGAAGUUUAGGGGUCUAUUGUACCUUAUUUUGCCAAUGUCAGAGAAAAUCCAUCUGUUUGACCACUAGGGGGCACACACAGACUGAAGCUGAAAAUGAUUGCAGUGAAAGACCAGCAACAAUAUUGAGUAGAGUAAAAGCGGAGUUUACUGUUUUGACUCACUCUUUAUAGUUGUAUAAGAAUCUAUUAUCAGUUGUUCCUUCUACAUAUUUUGUUUGUAUGUUGACCAGGACAUUGGCCUGAGGGCCAUAGAGUUUUGUUUCACAUGUACUGGAUAGGAGUGACUCCAUUUUGUAAAUGUUGUGUUACACCAUUGUGCCAACAUCGAUCAAAUUGUAGGCCAUAUAUAUUCUUUCUCAACUUAGUUUAGGUAGAUUUCUUAAGUGUUUUAAAGCAUCCACCAAUCCACAGGCACGUAUUGAGAAUGACAGAUAUGACUAGUUUGCAAGAUAUAAACUUAAUGUCUAUGGAUUUAAAACACAGAUUUAGAAAAAGUGACUAUACUUUAAUUUAUUUAAAAAAUAAUUAUAUAUCAAAUGUAUUAUAACGACAUGCUAAACCUUCCUAUUUUAUUUCAAAUUUUAACAUUACGUAUCCUAUUUGCAUUAGUCUUAUGUGUCUUAUUGUUUGAGACAAGAAAAUGGUUGACUGAAAAAAAGCUCAUUACAUAGUCCACCUUAACCUCAAAGUAUCCAACACACACUGCUGUGAAUAUGGUCGAGCUCUUCCAUCAAAACAAAUGUAUUUCUCUUCAUAAGUGUCUUUACAGGCCUUACAGUACAUUCACAAAGCAACCUAACGUAGCAGGCGUAGAAAGACACCUGAGCGGAGUCCCCACGUUGUUCAGUGGAAACGGAAGUUCGGUUGAAAAUACUGUAACACUGAAAACCAGAAACAUCCACUUUCUGCUGACUCUGCGGAGAGUGUUCACAAAGUGUUACAGUGCCUUGCAAAAGUAUU